AUGGCAUCUCUGCUUCAACAUCGAUUGAUUAUUCUUCUCUUUGUGAUGGUGCUCCGUGUCCUCUGCUUGUCUUCGUAUAGUCUUAUAUCGACAUACUAUCCGCAGCACAUCAAAAAUUCGCCUUACAAUCAGGAGCGCCCGUCAGAGUUUACAGGAUAUGUAGUAGCCUCAUUCUCGCCGACCUAUCUGCUGGGGUCCAUUUUUAUUGGACACGUCUCAUUGAGGUAUUACGGCGCUAAAUUUUGUCUUGUAACUGGAUUGUUUCUGGCCGGAGGAGCGUGGGUGCUGUUUGGAGUAUUGCAAUAUAUGACAGAGUGGAGACACUUUUUGGCUUUCUCUGUCGUUCUGAGACUGACCGUUGGUUUUGGAGUAGCUUCAGUAGAUGUCUCAUCUUUCUCACUCGUGCUAUCUUCGUAUCCUGACAAAAUUGGAUUAGUGUCAUCACUUAUGGAAAUGACAUGGUCUGUGAGUAAUAUUCUCGGGCCAUUUAUGGGAGGCAUUCUAUAUGACUGGAUGGGAUUUAUAAUGCCAGCAAGCUCACUAGGAAUUUGUCUUUUGCUGUUUGCGUUUAUUGCUGUUUUUGUGCCAUCUGGUAAUAGCAUGAAGCUUUCCUACAAAUCAGCAAAAACUCAUAUUUCUACGAAACAAUUUAUUGGACACGUAUGCAGUCUAUGGACAAUGCUCACAUUUGUUUCAGGAUAUAUAAUAGCGAUCUGUCUUUCAUUUCCACAAGCAACCUUGUCAUCUUUCCUACACAAGAAGUUUCAUUUUUCACCCAGACAAGUAGGAUUCGUUUUUCUGGCGAGUGGAGUUGCCAAUGCUGUUCCGGCACCUGUGGUAGGUAAAAUGUGUGAUAUGAUGCAUCCGAGAUGGUUUGUACCGAGUGGUAUUAUAACGGCCGGUGCUGGUGGAUUCUUUCUCAUGUCGUUUGGAAACUCCAUUGUCUUGCAAGUUCUUGCACAAGUGUUCAUAGGAAUCGGGAGUGCACUGACACUUGGUUCUUGCUACACAGAUCUGUUGAAGGAGUUCUGUAGAAAGUUACAAGUAGACAAACUUGAUGAAACUACAAUUGGAAAAGUAUACUCUGCUUUUAGAAUUCUUGCCACUCUUGGUGAAAUUACUGGUUCAGCAUCGGGUGGAGUGUUUGUAGAGUCUCUAGGUUUUGGCAAGGCUACACUGAUGUGGGGUAGUAUUGGAACAUCAUUUGGAGUUGUGUACUUGUUGUUAUUUGCAAUUUCAAGAAUAUGUGGCAAUGAAAAUAUGGUGGUAGGAGUUUAUGUAGCGUUGCGUAGUCUAGGUUAG